UCAAAGAUGAUAUACCUGGUAAUCUGUCUCUUUUCCAUCAUCAUUUGCCUUUACUACAUCUUCGACUGUCUCAAGCCGAAAAAUUAUCCGCCUGGUCCGAUAUGGUUGCCAUUGUUGGGAUGUUUUCCAAUAUAUCGGUGGUUGUAUACUAAGCAUCGAUACAAUUACUUGGUUUUCCAAAAGUUGUCACGCACAUACGGGCCGAUAUUGGGACUGAAGCUUGGGAAGCAGAAGAUAGUGGUAAUUUCAACACACGAUCUAGUAAAGCAAGCUCUUCUUAAAGAUGAAUUUAACGGUCGACCGGACGGCUUUUUCUUCCGAGUACGGUCGUUCGGGAAGAGAAAGGGUGUCGUGUUCACCGACGGGGCCGCGUGGUCGCAAUGUCGACGAUUUACGAUGCGACAUCUUCGCACGUUCGGCGUAGGUCAGUUAAUCAUGAAGCAACAAUUGACUCUCGAAGCUGAAAAUCUCGUUAAUUACCUGCGACAAAUGAGCCAACGCGGCGCAGUGCAAAUGAAUCAUGUAUUUGAUGUAGCAGUACUAAAUUCUCUCUGGUCCAUGUUUGCUGGACAUAGAUUCGAGUAUGACGAUGAAAAAUUGCAACAAGUGCUCACAACUGUUCACGAAGCUUUCAGAUUAUUCAACACCAUGGGUGGAAUAGUUUCUCAAAUGCCUUUCUUACGUUUCGUGAUGCCAGAAUUAUCGGGAUACAACGAUCUGAUGAGGAUCCUCAAAAAAUUAUGGAGGUUUCUGGAUGAGGAAAUCGAGGUACACGAGAGAGAGCUAUCUAAUAAUCAGCCUGGCAAUCUGAUCGAUGCAUUCCUUUUGAGAACUGAUGCAGACGGGAAUGAAAACUUUAAUUUUGAUCGUGAAAGUUUAUUGGUGUUGUGUCUUGAUCUUUUCAUGGCUGGAUCAAAAACUACCACUGAUACUCUAGCGACCACGUUUCUUUUUCUGUCGCUGUCCCCAACUUGGUUGAAGUUGCUUCAAUCGGAAUUGGACAGUGUCGUUGGUAGAUCGAGAGCUCCCACCGAGGAAGACUUGCCGCGUUUACCAAUGGCGGAAGCGUUCUUAGCCGAAAUACAUAGAUAUUUCAUUUUGGCUCCACUCGGUAUACCUCACAGGGCCAUGAAAGAUGUUAUUCUAAACGGAUAUAAUAUACCUAAGGAUACGAUAGUUCUGUUUGACUUUCAUAGCGUUCACUACGACGAGAUGCAUUGGGAUAAACCGAAUGAAUUUCUUCCACAACGAUUUCUAGACGAAGAAGGAAAAUUUCGUCAGAAUAACGCUAGCAUACCUUUUGGCUUAGGUAAAAGACGCUGUCUGGGUGAGACGUUAGCGCGUUCUUCCGUGUUCCUGUUUUUCACGUAUGUUAUACACUAUUUUGACUUGAAAAUCUCAAACGAAUACGGAAAACCAGAUACGAAAGCUUACGAUGGCUUCACCAUAUCGCCGAAACCAUAUUACGUCAAACUCUCAAUGAGAUCUGAUUUGAAAGAUUGAAGCAGAUGUUGCAGCACGAGAAUGCAUCAUAGCGAAAUACUUGAAUUUCUACGAAAAAUAUCUCAUAUGUUGAAUUCGUAAAGUUGCGCAUAAAGUAUUAUCGCUCCUUGUCAUAUCAUAUCGUACAUGGUGUGCAAGAAGAUAAAUAUUUUUGAAUAUUUAUAGAACAACGAUUAUUUUAUUAAUAGCUUAAAUACAGAAUUCUCCCAUAACAACAAACGUAUAUGCAGAUAUAUAUUCUCAUCUAUAUUUACAUAAUCCAUGUAAAGAUUUGAAAAAUUGAACAAAAGAAAUUUCAUUCAUUUUAUAGGUCAGAG